AUGUCGAAAAACAAAGAUGAAAUUGGCGGUCAGGAUGCUGCAGAACGAGUCAAGGCUGCGGCUCUAUCGGCUGCAAAGGGACUCAGCCGCGCACAGGCCGAGCGUGCUGCUGCGGCUGCUGCUCGUAAUGUGAAUGCGUAUGGACAGAAGGAAGAGGGGCCGAGUCGGUGGCAGGAGAGAAAGGAAGCUAAGAGGCAAAUGUAUUUGAUGAGUACUGAGAAACAAGUGAGAUUGGGCGAAAGGAAAGACCUCAAGUCCUCGGCAUCUGCCCUCGGGGCUGCUUCCCAAUGCCAGAAGUGCUUCCAAACAGGGCAUUGGACGUAUGAGUGCAAGAACGAGAGGGUUUAUAUCUCGAGACCAUCACGUACACAGCAAUUGAAAAACCCGAAACUGAGGAUGAAGCCAUCUAUUUCAUAUGAUUUGGACAACCCGGAUAUUCAGGUGGAAAAGAAUGAAAAACGUGAGAAGAAGAGUAAGAGGAAGCAUAAGUCGGAAACCGAGUCUGAUAAGGAUAGCGAUGCUUCAGUAUUUGAGUCAGACAGUGCAGUUACUGGAUCAGAUGAUUCUUCUGAGGAGAGUGAGUCGAGUUACAGUUCAUCCACAGAUUCUGAGGAAGAGAGGAGAAAACGGAAGAACAAAAAGAAGAAGCAAAAGAAGAGGAGGCACCGGAAGUACAGCUCUUCGUCUGAGUCCUCUGAUUCAUACACGGAUUCAGAAUCCGAUUCCAAGGACAGAAGCCGGCGAAGGAAGAGCAGCAGCAGCAGGAGGCAUAACCGUAAGCAUUAA